AAGGGGCGCGGGCGGGGCCGGGCGGGGAGGAGGGGGAGCUGCCGCCAGUCGGAGUUCGGCGGGGAGCCCCAGGCCCGCGCCGUCGGGGCGCGUCCGGGCCAUGGAGCUCUGGCCGUGGCUGACCGCGGCGCUGCUGCUGCUGCUGCUGCUCGUGCAGCUCAACCGCGCGGCCAAGUUCUACACGAAGAUCACGCUGUACUGCGUGCUCUGCUUCGUGGUCUCCGCGGUGGCCUCGGUCGUCUGCCUGCUGCGCCACGGUGGCCGGACGGUGGAGAACAUGAGCAUCAUCAGUUGGUUUGUUCGGUCCUUCAAGUACGCAUACGGCCUUCGCUUUGAGAUAAAGGGCCGCGGGAAGCUGGAAGUCGACCACCCCUGUGUCAUCAUUUCUAACCACCAGAGCAUCCUGGACAUGAUGGGCCUCAUGGAGAUCCUGCCCCCGCGCUGCAUUCAGAUCGCCAAGCGGGAGCUGCUCUUCCUGGGGCCCCUGGGCCUGAUCAUGUACCUCGGGGGCGUCGUCUUCAUCAACCGGCAGCGCUCCAGUACCGCCAUGACCGUGAUGGCUGAUGUGGGCGAGCACUUGGUCCGGGAGGAUCUCAAAGUGUGGAUCUACCCUGAGGGCACGCGGAAUGACAAUGGAGACCUGCUACCUUUCAAGAAAGGCGCCUUCCACCUGGCAAUCCAGGCCCAGGUGCCCAUCAUCCCCGUGGUGUACUCCAGCUUCUCCUCCUUCUACAACUCCAGGACGAAGCUCUUCACCUCAGGAACGGUCAAGGUAGAGGUGCUGGAUGCCAUCCCCACCAGAGGCCUCACUGUCACUGACGUCCCCAAGCUCAUGGACACCUGCCACCAGGCCAUGAGGACCACGUUCUUCCGCAUAUCCAAGAUGCCCCAGGAGAAUGGGGAUGCCGUGGGGCCUGGCGCCCAGCCAGCCCAGUAGCCAAGGCCUAGAGUAGGACAGGACCUGAAGGUGGGGUGGGCAGGGGCAGGACCUGGUUAGAGAAGGGACAGAGGGACCCCCUCCACUGCGCCGUCCUGGCUGCCAAAUAGCACUGUGUCUGGUUCCUACCGCUCCCCUGGCUUUCAUUCGGACCCCAGAAACAGGAGCCUCUUCCUGUCCUCAACCCCGCAUCCGGGGCCCCUGACAUCCUCACAAGAGAGUCAGUUGGCACCUCCCCAGGCUUUGAGGGCAGGGCCUCGGCCACCUGUGCCUCUAGGGUCCAGGUGUAGGAGCAGGCCUGGGGCCCCGGCUGGGCUGGCAGGGCUGAGCGGUGUGGCCUCGGGACAGUGACUGGAGCUGAGGCCUGCCACCCUCCUGCCUGGGCCUGUGGGGCGCAGAGCAGCUUCCGGGGGCCCAGCCAUGGCCUGCAUCAGGGUCUCUGGGAGAGGCGGGGCUCUUGGGGGGCCAGGAUGCCAGGCUCCAUGCAACCUGGGCCUCAGGGAGCCGGAAAGCAGGGUCUGCCGCUCCUGCCAGCCUUGGGGAGCAGGUCUGCUGAAUGGGGACCGCUCGGUUGUCGUUCUUUAUAAAUAAGCUCUUGGAAGCA